UUUACUUUUGUAGUAACUGAGCCGUUAGCCGCCAAAAACCGGUAGUCUUCUGCUGGAAAUGUUCUCUUCUUGCCACCACCCAGAAAAUUCAGCCACGGGAGAAAUCACCCAUAACUAGAAUUAGCUAGUCGAUCAAGAAUCACCCAUCUGUCUUGCUAGCCUCUUAUGAAAUGCUUAACCAGUCACCUCCGUUCCCUUAUUCGUCAAUGCACUCGGCGUUCGUCUCUACCUACUGGGAGGAAAAUCCAUGCCAUUAUCCUUACCACAGGCCUUGCCAACAUUCCCACCUCCUUCCUCAACAAUACUCUUCUUCAGUUUUAUGCUGCUUGUGGCGACACCUUCUCUGCUCGCCAACUGUUCGACAAAAUUCCCUCUUUCUACAAGGAUUAUGUGGAUUGGACUGCUCUCAUGUUCUCUUAUGCCCGCCAUACUUUUCCACGAAAUGCACUGCAUUUGUUUGUUGAAAUGCGGAGAGGAGGAGUGAAUAUAGAUGAUGUUGUGAUGGUUUGUUUAUUUGGUGUUUGUGCGCACUUGGAGGAUGUAGGAAUGGGGAUUCAAGGGCAUGGCUGCGCAGUGAAGACGGCCUUGCUGGAAAGUGUGAAGGUAGGGAAUGUGGUCAUGGAUAUGUACGGGAAGUGUGGGUUGGUGGGGGAGGUUAGAUGCUUGUUUGAGGAAAUGGACCAAAGGAGUGUUGUGUCAUGGACUGUUCUUUUAGAUAACACCGUGAAAUGGGAAGGUGCGGAGAGUGGAAGAAGAGUAUUUGAUGAGAUGCCGGAGAGGAAUGAGGUGUCUUGGACUAUUAUGAUUGUGGGAUAUGUGAGAAAUGGGUUUACGUGUCAGGGUUUUGCACUUCUUGGUGAUAUGUUGAGUUUAUGGGGCUCUUCCAAUUUUGUUACUCUUUGUUCAAUUUUAUUAGCUUGUGCGCAGUCAGGGGAUGUGAUCAUGGGUCGAUGGGUUCAUGUUUAUGCUUUAAAGUUAAUGGGGAACUGGAUGAAUAUCAUGGUGGGAACGGCUUUGGUAGACAUGUAUGCAAAGUCUGGGCGGAUAAGUAGUGCAUAUAAAGUUUUUCAGCAUAUGCCACAAAGGAAUUUGGUGACAUGGAACGCUAUGCUUAGUGGGUUAGCAAUGCAUGGAAAAGGCACACUUGUGUUGGAUAUUUUUCCAAAAAUGAUCAAAGAAGUAAACCCUGAUGAUCUAACUUUUAUAGCUGUCUUAAGUGCUUGCAGUCACUCAGGUCUGGUAGAAAAGGGUUGGGAGUAUUUCAAGAAUCUUGAAUCUGUAUAUGGUUUAAAACCAAAGGUUGAACACUAUACCUGCAUGGUAGAUCUUCUGGGCAGGGCUGGUCGCUUAGAAGACGCUGAAAUCUUAAUAAAGCACAUGCCUAUGCCUCCAAACAAGGUUCUUCUAGGCUCUCUUUUGGGUUCCUGCAGUGUCCAUGGGAAACUGCAGUUGGGAGAAAGGCUUCUACGGCAGCUAGUUGAAAUGGAGCCCUUUAAUACAGAGUAUCAUAUUCUGCUUUCUAAUAUCUAUGCAAUGGCUGGAAAACAAGACAACGCUAAUUUGCUCAGACAGAUUCUUAAGAACAGGGGAAUUAGAAAGGUUCCAGGGAUGAGUUCUAUUCAUGUUGGGGGCCAAGCUCAUCAGUUCAGUGCUGGAGAUAGGUCACACCCGAGAAUGCAGGAGAUAUAUCUCAAGUUAGAUGAUGUGAUUCGGAGGUUGAGGUCGGCUGGUUAUGUUCCCAAUACUACACUCCAUGUAUUCUCUGGUAUUGAGAGGGAUAACACUGAGGGGGUAGAGGAGAAGGAACAGGCUUUGUUCUCACACAGUGAGAAAUUGGCAGUCUGUUUAGGCCUCAUAAGCACAAAGCCUGGAACGCCUCUUUACAUAUUCAAGAAUUUACGUAUAUGCCAAGAUUGUCAUUCUGCCAUAAAGAUUAUCUCGAAGAUAUACAGCCGGAAAAUUGUUGUUAGAGACCGCAAUCGUUUUCAUUGCUUCCAUGAGGGUUCAUGUUCUUGUUCUGAUUACUGGUGACAAGUCUGUGCAGUUUAUUCCUUUCAGAUCAUGUCAAAAUCUAGUUGUUGAUUCUGGUGCAAUAUAAAACAUUUUGUCUCAGAAUUCAUAAAAAGAUUUCAUACUCAACCUCUGAAUAAGACAUUACACAGUGAGCAAGAUGAAGUUUGCUAGUAAAUAGACGAACUGGUCAACACUUCCAAUCCAAUGUUGCUGUGGUCGGAGUAAGGACUUUUUUUAUGAUUAUGCAUAUCGAUUAAGAGGAGUCAAAUCUUGCUUCUUGGUAGUGAAUUGUGCCAUUUGUUGCAAGUAAUAUCUCGACCUUGCCUCAUUUCAUUCUAGUUACAACCAUAUCUUUUAAGGAUUCAACAUCACUCAAAGAGUACUUUUCUUCAACUGACCUAAGCCAGAAUUGUAUCAUCAGGCCAAUCUAGUCUCUUGAAACUUAGAGGUAUAAUCAAACUCUUUUAGAUCUCUUCCAAGAAUUGUGUUCAAUAAUUCUAUUAAAUCUCAUAUAAGUUACUAUUUUGUACAUCUUAAAGAACUUACCACCAUAGAAUAGAUGGUACAAAGAGUUUAAGCAUAAUAUAGAGUUAUGAGUAUGAAGAGUUUAAGUGUAAUAAAGAGUUAUGCUACAAGUUAGUUAUAAUACAAAUGAGAUUGGAAUGUUCGGAAGAAAUAUUCAUCCUUGAGUGUUGCCGGAUAAUCAUAAGGUGAUAUUCCUUAACAUGAACUCGUAAGAUAAAGUAAGUAUAGAGAAUUCCACUGUGAGGAAGCAAGCUCACAGAGAGGAAAAUGGCACUGAAAGCAGGAAACUUGAAUGAGCUCAUAAAAGAAGACUAGUGCUAGUUUAUAAGCGAAAAACAACUGGCAACAGGUGCUGUAAUCUGGAGUAGAAAAAGACACGUGUUGACAAUCUAUUGAGGCAGAGAGUUAGUAGAUUGCGUGUCAUUAGUCGGUGACCAUUGGGGGUACAUGGCCCAAAUCCAAGAGAGAUAUUUAAAGGGAAUUAUGGUUAAAUAAGGUGUAUCAUAGUAAGAGGGUUCUCCCUGUCGCUGUUUCUUUUUUUUUUUUUGUGGAGGGAUUUCAGGGGUUAUUCAUGAUGAUUCUAGUUUUUUUAGAGUUUAAAUACUUUUAUAUUUGUUGAUCCAAGUAUGGUAAGUGAUGUGAGCGCAGAUAGCUUGAACUAUUCAAACAACCAACCAAGUCAAGAAAGGAAGUGGCCCUUAAAAAAGUUAAAAACCCAUGAGAAAUCUCUCCCCACUCAUGAGAGAUUUUUUCCCACUCAAGAGAUAUUUUUUUCUCAAGGAAAGU